CAACCUUCAAUUAAUAGACUCAACUUUACUUUAUAUAUAAUUCCAAAGUUUCCUCAAGUGUCUCCCUGUUUAGUACUGAUGUGAUUGCUUGCUAGAUUGAAGAAUUGAGGAAUUGACGAUCAUGGCUUCAGCUACCGGUGUCGAAGACGCAGAAACGGCGCCUCUACUAGCAACAUCACCGACCUCAUCAACUGGUGUCAUUCAUUCGCAGUAUCAAUCAUUAAGCCAAAUCAGCAGCAGUAAUGAAAGCCCUACUAGUAACAAUAGUCAUACCGACCCCGAAUGGACGCUCAGCCGAAGCGCGCGAAGGCUCUAUAUAUCUCAUACCCUCUCAACAUGGAACUCACGCGUCUUCGAAUUCGGCAGCGUCUUAUAUCUCGCAUCGAUAUUUCCUGGAACCUUGAUGCCCCUUGCGAUAUACUCGAUAGUGAGAGGUGCUUCUGCGAUUACGUUGUCGUCAUGGGUCGGGAGUUAUAUCGACCGGAAAGACCGCCUUAAUACGGUGAGACUGUCCAUCGUCUCACAGCGACUUGUUGUUGCUGCCUCAUGCAUCAUAUUUUUCAUCCUCAGUAGGCAUGAUAGCCCUUCAGAUGAGCUGCGGGUCGGCUUGCUUGCAGCCUUGAUCUUCAUGGCAUGCAUUGAGAAACUGGCAGCUAUCAUGAAUCUUGUGUCAGUGGAAAGAGAUUGGGUUAUUGUUGUGGCACACUCAGAUACUACUGCACUUAGAACCAUGAACUCGCAAAUGAGGCGAAUUGACCUUGUUUGUAAGCUACUUGGACCUUUCUUCAUAGGCAUACUAGAUGGUGUUUCCACAGAAACAGCCAUUCUUGUCAACUUAGCCAUGAACUGUGCUUCAGUUGUUGUUGAGUAUUUCACCAUUGCUAAAGUCUAUUAUCAAGUACCAGAACUACAGCAGCCAAAGACUACGCCCCCUAUUGUACCACAGAAUGAAGAACAGCAGACUCGUCAGAAUGCCUGGAUGUCAUUUAAAAAGGCUAUACAGAAGACAUUUAGCGAUCUUCGACUUUACUUUACGCACCCUGCAUUUGCACCCUCAUUCUCAAUAGCGCUUCUUUACUGCACAGUUUUGUCUUUUGGUGGAGUCAUGGUUACAUAUUUGUUAGCGAGUGGAUAUACUUCAGCUCAGAUUGCUGCAAUGAGGACAGUCUCGGUUACUCUUGAGGUUCUCGCUACAUGGAUUGGUCCGUGGCUAAUGAAGAGAAUUGGACCUGUUCGUGCCGGUCUUUGGUUCCUCAGCUGGGAACUGGGGUGUUUGGCUGUCGGUGUAUCGAUAUUCUGGCGAUAUGCUGACAACGUCCUGGUAUCGACGCUGGGACUUGUCUGUGGUUCAAUGUUGAGCCGGAUCGGACUUUGGGGGGUAGAUCUGUCUGCGCAGGUCAUUGUUCAAGAGGAAGUUGAGGCAGAGAAACGAGGAGCCUUUUCUGCUGUGGAAGCAAGUUGGCAAAAUGUGUUCGAGAUGUGUUCAUACACGUCGACCAUCAUAUUCUCGUCACCCAGUCAGUUCCACAACCCAACAGCACUCAGCGUCACAGCUGUAUUCUUCGCAUGGCUCCUGUACAGCUCCUUUGUCAAGAAGCGACGAGGACAUCUCGUCCACUGGCCUACCUGCAUGUCUCCGGAGAAGCAGCAGGCAACGAUCGACGAGCUGUUCGAGUCUGGGCCGUCGAGGCGAAGAGAGGGGCUCUGAAUGUUUGUAUGAUAUGCAUAUGCAAGAGAGGAUCGCACGAGACACGUUGGUGGUCACCUGGAUCGGGAAGCAGUGCAACAAUGAUAGGAUAGCACAGGAUCUUGUGGGUUGGGAACCCUCCACGUUUAUUUCCGUGUCUCGGACGGCAGCGGGCUGUCUUGGACAUGCAUACAUGGAAAGGCCUCGUGGAUCGAGGAGCGACCCUUAUAGAUGAUGCAGGUUUGGUUACAUGAGGGAGGACAGCAGUGGUUUUUGGGUAGAUGUGUGAGACGUGAGGAGACUCGAGUAGGGGGAACAGUGAGACACGAUGUUUGUCUUUUGCUAGCAGUCAAUCAGUGCUCCAUAAGGUAUAUUUGAAUUAUCUCUUGUAUACGAAUUAUCUAUGACUCUAGAGAUAUAUUGUAGGUCGUCGUAAGCCCAUGUCUCAUCUAAAUACGACCCUCACAUACUUACAAG